GGCAGCAACAAUGGCUUUCUUUGUGAAAAGUAUGAUAAGUAACCAAGUAAAAAAUCUAGGAUUUGGUGGUGGGACUGAAGAAAAGAAAGAAGAAGGAAGCCCCUCGGACCCCGCCGCAGCGCAAGGGAUGACUCGGGAGGAGUACGAGGAGUACCAGAAGCAGAUGGUCGAGGAGAAGAUGGAAAGAGAUGCUGCAUUUACACAAAAGAAAGCAGAGAGGGCAUGUCUCCGAGUCCACCUGAGGGAAAAGUACAGGCUCCCCAAGAGUGAAAUGGACGAGACUCAAAUCCAGUUGGCUGGAGAUGAUGUCGAUUUGCCAGAAGAUCUUCGGAAAAUGGUAGACGAAGAUCAAGAAGAGGAGGAAGAUAAGGAUUCUAUUCUUGCGCAGCUACAGAAUCUCCAGAACAUGGACUUGGAUACCAUCAAAGAAAAGGCCCAGGCCACCUUCACUGAAAUCAAGCAGUCCGCAGAGCAGAAGUGUUCUGUGAUGUGACAGGGAGGGGC